UCCAGCAUACCGGCCGGGUUUAGCGAGGUUAGCCCAACCAAGUGUCUUAAACCGCCUUGUCCUCAAAAUGUCUCACCCAACAUCGUCUGACAAGCCUUCAAACCCUGAAAACCCACGCGUUUUCUUCGAUGUAGACAUUGGUGGUGAAAGAGCUGGCCGAAUAGUUUUGGAGCUGUUUGCUGAUAUCACCCCCAAGACUGCCGAAAACUUCCGGGCACUCUGCACUGGAGAGAAAGGCACCGGCAAAUCGACCGGGAAACCACUGCACUUCAAAGGAUGCCCGUUUCACAGAAUCAUCAAGAAGUUCAUGAUCCAAGGAGGUGAUUUCUCCAACCAUAAUGGCACCGGGGGUGAGAGCAUCUACGGGGAGAAGUUUGAGGAUGAAAACUUCCACUACAUGCACGACAGAGUGGGUCUGCUAAGCAUGGCCAACGCCGGGCCCAACACCAAUGGCUCGCAGUUCUUCAUCACUACUGUCCCCACGCCACACUUAGAUGGCAAGCAUGUGGUCUUCGGACAGGUGUUAAAAGGGAUGGGAGUGGUAAAAAUGCUGGAGUCCAUUGACACCAAGGAUGACACCCCUGUAAAGCCAUGUGUCGUAGCAGACUGUGGUGAGCAUAAGGACGGGGACAGCUGGGGCGUUGCACCAAGCGAUGGAUCAGGGGACACCCACCCAGACUUCCCCGAGGACUCCGACGUCGACUUCAAAGAUGUUGACAAAGUUCUAUCUGUUGCUGAGGACAUGAAGAAUAUUGGAAACAGUCUUUUUAAGAAUCAAGACUGGCAAGCUGCAGUCAACAAAUAUAGCAAAGCUCUAAGGUAUUUGGAGGUGGGUGGAGAGCAGCUGGAGGAGGAGGUGCAGAAGAAGCUGGAGCCCACGGCCCUCAGCUGCUUCCUCAACACAGCAGCAUGUAAGCUGAAGAUGCAGCUGUGGCAGGACGCUCUGGACAGCUGCAAUGAGGCUCUAGAGCUCAACCAAGCGAACACUAAAGCACUUUUCCGGAGGGCCCAGGCCUGGCAGGGGUUAAAAGAAUACAGCAAAGCUAUGAUUGAUCUGAAGAAAGCUCAGGGAGUAGCCCCAGAAGACAAAGCUAUCAGUAACGAGAUGAAGCGAGUCCAACUUAAAAUCCAGGAGGAGAAGGAGAAAGAAAAGAAAAUCUAUGCCAAAAUGUUUGCGUGAACACGUAACGAUGCAUUGACAUCAAAUAUUGAUCAAUGUUAUUGACAGGAAUUCAUCUCUUCUUGGGAAGCUGCACACUCAGCUGAGGAGUCUGUAACAAGGUGAAAGUGUACAGUAUUUUCAGUUGGCAGGUCCGUUCAUGGUUUUUUUUAACUGUUGUAAGCUUUGACCUGUCUUAAUUCUGACAGGCGUCUUCACUGUAAUGAAUAGUUUCAGCGUUUGUCUGAUGCAUGGCUGACCCCACUGCUCUGAAAAACUGGGUUAACAUGGGGUUUGUUCUGGAGUUUUGAAGUGGUCCAGCAAAGCAAAGCUCUGUGUGUUUUUCAUGGUAGAGAUUAUGGUUCAGUGCCACACACAAUUGUUUUUAUUUGUUUCCUCCAGAGGUCAAUCAAAGGGAAAACAGUUAAGUGUUCUUUAUUCAUUACUGUGAUACCAUCAUUGUAUGUACAAUACUGUGUGGAUCAGAUGCUGUUAAAUUAUACCUGCAAUAAUACUGAAAUAAAGCUUCAUUUGAGAGCAGCUUGUUUGCUUGUUCA